GCCUUCCGGGUGCCGGGAGAGUCCGGUCUCCAUAGCAACCGCGCGCGGCACUCCUUCAAAGACAUGACUGGUGCUGAAGUGUAUAAAAUAUCCUUCAUAUUUCCAAACCUAGAUAAGUAUGACGGAGAUUGUACAAGAACAGCUGAUGGAGUCCUUGAGAGGAAUGGAUAUGGAAUUCAUACCACUCCAGAUGGGAUUAUUUACCAAGGAACUUGGAAGAAUGAUAAGAUGAAUGGAUUAGGAAGGCUGCAACAUCCUUCAGGUGCAGUUUAUGAAGGUGAAUUCAAGAACAACAUGUUGCAUGGAAUAGGAACCUACAUAUUUCCCAAUGGAGCCAAGUACACUGGACAAUUCAAUGAAAACAAGCUGGAAGGAAAGGGAGAAUUUACAGACACUCAGGGCCUGGAAUGGGAUGGCACAUUUCAUUACACAGCAGCACCAGGGCUGAAGCUGAAGCUGGAAAUGUAGGGUAUUUUUUAAUAGAAGAAAGGCACUAAACAUGUAUCUUAUAAAACUUUGAACCACGACCCAAUAAUUUCUUACUGUACUGAAGAAAAGUUAUUAUUGCUUUAAAAUAAAGUCUAACCAAAUAAA